GGGGAGCGGGUGCGGUUCCAGCGGACGUUUACCAACACAGCUGACAGAUGUUGCUGAGCGUAGGGAACUGUUGGAGCUGCCGCUAGAUACCGCCAUGGAGCACGUGCUGCGUCAGAUAUUGCGCAAAUUUGGCAUAUCGAACGCCCUGUGGCUGCGCGGCAUGGAGAACAACAGUUAUCAGAUAAGCUUUACGCUGGAGUUCAAUGAACUCUACGAGAAUCUUUACGACGCACUACAGCAAUGGGGCAUCGGGGAUCGGGAGGGUUCCUCCGUUUCGGUCAUGAAUUGCGUCGCCUCUAAAACCUACAAAACGUGCCCCACACAAACUGACAAACAGCCCGCGGCUGGGAAUGCGCACAGCGACAGCAACAACAAUCAGAAUGCACAGAAGCAGGGCGCCUGGAACAGAUUCAUGAACUCCGUUCGCUCGCGUCUGAAUGUGGCGCAAAUUGUGCGCGAUGUCCGCCAGGAUGCGGCCAUAACCUUUGACUUUUGCAUACUGCUCAUCUCCGCAGCCAUCUUGGCCUCCUUUGGGCUGAUAGAGAACAGCACCAUCUUCCUGGCCUCCAGCAUGCUGAUCUCGCCGCUGAUGGGACCGAUCAUAGCCGCCAUCUUUGGCACCGUGAUCGAGGAGCGUUCGCUUCGCCGGCUGGGCAUGCGGAAUGAGCUGAUUGGCAUACUGUUGGCCACGCUGGUGGGAUUUCUGUUCGGCCUGGUGGUGUGCACCACGGACAAGAAGUACGGCAUUGGCGAGGGCCUCACCGAGGAGAUGCUGUCACGCUGCGAUCUGCACUCGCUGAUCGUCGGUCUGUUUACGGCUAUACCGUCCGGCGCGGCGGCUGCCAUUGGCAUUUUGGGCGGUAAUAUUGGUUCGCUUGUGGGCGUGGCCAUAUCUGCAUCCCUGCUGCCGCCGGCGGUGAACUCGGGCCUACUGUGGGCCCUCGCCUGCAUCUACAAGCUGUACGAGAGCGACGAUUCGCUGUACGUGAACGUGGUCAAGUCGCGCAAGUACUCGCAGCAUCAGGGCACCGAGCUGGCCGUGCUGGGCAGCAUCAGCAUGUGCCUGACGCUCUCCAAUGUCCUGUGCGUCUAUCUGAUGGGCAUCCUGGUGCUUAAGGUCAAGCAGAUUGCGCCCGUAAUCGGGCGCAGCAAUCGCCAGUUCUGGAUGCACGACAUCAAGGUGUCCCGCGGCGAUGCCGCCCUCAUUGACGAGCUGCUGGCCAACCUGACCAAGGAGGACAAACAGGUCAUCAACGGGGAUCUGCUGCGUCACCUGGACGAGACAGCCUACCAGCACACCUGGUCGCCGAGGAGCAUGCGACACAGUUUCUCGACACAGCUGCCGCCCGCCUUUGCCAUCCAACGGCUCGAGCAGCUCUACACGCAGACACUGACUAAGCCGCCCGAGAGGCGGCCACCCGCCAGCAUCGAGCGACACAAUACGCUGCGCAUUUUCGAUGCCCAAGCGCCGCGCCCGCGUUUUGCCAGCAUGCCGUCGCAUGGGAAUCGACAUGAGAUGCAUUUGCCGGACGCUGUCAUUGCGAUGCCCGUGCCACGAUUUACGGUGACGCCGGCCGCCGAGGAGUUGCUCCAGAAGUAGUUUAAGUGCAUGUGUACCGAACAAUGUUUAUGUAACAAAAACUUUAGCAAAUUAAAAUAUUUAGAAAUCUA